AUGUCCCAUGACGAUCCUUACGAGUUGAACAACCCAUUCAAUUUUUCGGGCUUUCCGAACGAACUUGACCUGCUCACAUUGUUUCCCGACGCCGCUCGGGGAAAUAUCAUUGUCACACCCAAUCAUCUUUCUUUCGCAGACAGCGAUGUUCAAUUACCUUCCUUUGACGAGGGCCUUACGGAAUAUGAAGGUCCUCAUAUAUCAGAGCCCGGUGUAAACCCAAUGCUCGAUGAGACCUAUCUAGCCUGGCCGGCACAACCAAAUCAUGACGCUGAUUCAUCUAUAAGAGCCGAAAUCUACGGUGGCGAGAAUGAGCAGGCUGAUAGAUCGCAUGGCCCAAUUUUGAAUUAUCCUGCGUCAGACCAGGCCAACGAUUCAUAUGGACUGCUAUCUCUCAACAAAGCGCCAUUGUCGGCCCCAAGGGACAACGGUUACACAGUCCCCCCUGAAGAUGAACCUGCCUCUUUGUCUGCCAUCAAGGACGCAGUUCAGAAUUCAUAUAUCAACAGCCUACAGAAUGGAGAUCGGACAUGUUUCGAUCCUGGAUCAGGAAUGUCUGACGAUCACAUUGCCAACCUUUUCCAAACACACCGUCGGACCCGCUCUCGUCCUGGCUCGACAACGAGUGGUGGAAGCACUGCUAGUGCUUCGUCUCAAAAAUCAGUUACAUCGGGCUUAUCAAAUGGAAGCCACAACUCAACGCAGGAGAAAAACAGCCGAGUCUCGACUGGAGUCAGGAAAUCGCAAGGCAAAGGAAGAGCUAAAAGACAGCCGGCCGCAAGCAAGCCUCGUUUAUUCUGCUGUACUUUCUGCUGUGAUCGAUUCAAGACUAAAUAUGAUUGGGCGCGACAUGAAAAAUCGCUUCAUCUGAAUUUGGAAACUUGGGUCUGUGCACCAUUUGGAGGAUCUGCGAUAUUACCAUCAACGGGUCGGGUGCAUUGCGUUUAUUGCAACGAACCAGACCCUUCGAUUGAACAUCUUGAUGAACACAAGCAUGGAGCUUGCAUGAAGAGUCAAUCACGUGCCUUCCGGCGAAAAGACCAUCUCAUCCAGCACCUUCGUCGCUUCCACUGUGUUGACGAUAUUCCAUUAGUUGACGACUGGAAGAUUGGUCUCACUGAUAUCACGUCGCGCUGUGGAUUUUGUGAUGCUCAAAUCACUAGCUGGGAGGAGCGAGCUGAUCACCUGGCUCUUCAUUUCCGCAAUGGCUCGACUAUGGCCGACUGGAAAGGCGACCAUGACUUUCCUCCUUGGAUUGCAGAGCAGGUAACACAUAGUGUGCCUCCAUAUCUGAUUCAACUUGAAUCACACACGCUGGUGCCUUUCUCUGCUACGAACGGACAAGUCCAAGACCAUCUUUCCCAGAUGCUAUCGCGGGCGACAUUCAGCAAUGAAACGGAUGACCAUAAUAAUGAUGAUCAGCAUCAUGAAGAACAACCAGAUACGACAUCUUCAUUAAGCGAAUUCAAGACGCAAAAUUUGUCUUUGGAUUCAUACACACAGGUCCUGACGCGACAUUUGAGCCAUUUUGCCCAGCAGCAGAUGGUUCUUGGUGUUGUUCCGUCAGAUGAAAUGUUUCAACUGGAGGCACGACGUCUUCUUUUUGAUUCUGAUGACCCUUGGAACCAGACUAUUGCAGAUCACCAGCAAUGGUUGGCUACAUUUCGGGCUGGUCAAGCGGCUGAUUAA